AUGAAUUCAGCUGCUGUUCUCUUACUACUGUGUUUUCUCAGUCUUCAAGCCUUCAUCGAAGCUCGCCCACCCGCUGCAGAGCCGGCUUUGGAAGCUGUCAACAUUGUGAAACGCCAAUCCGAUGGAGAUUGGGAUUCUCCGAGAGGUGGCGGGAGUUACGGUGGUCGGGGGUCUGAUGGCGACUGGGAUGUGCAGUACUACGCUAAUCAAAAACCACACGACGACGGCUGGUGGGCCUGA